AUGAAGGACGACGAGAGAGAAACCCAAAGAGCAAAGAGUAAUAUUCCAUUAGGUGAAUUCUAUUUUGAAAUAGAUAGAUUACCAUAUUGUGAAUUAGAUUUUAAAAAACCAAGAGGACCGGUUACACCAAUUAAAUUCAAUAAACCAACAAAACCAUCCUCUUUUAAAAGUUCUGCUUCCACCACUACUUCUUCUUCUUCUUCUAACCUAGUUAAAAAGCCAACAAUAUCAACAACCACAACAAAACCAUCUGAUCCAAGUUUAUCCAAUCCAUCAGAAAACUCCAAUAACCAAAAACAAUUUACAAAGCAUAAUUAUUCAACAUCAUCUACAUCAACAUCGACCUUGUCACCUACACCAUCUUCAACUAUUAAAAUAUCAGUCAUUGAGGAACCAGACAAAGCAUCACUAGAAUUAUCAAAUCAAUCACAUCAUCACCACCAUCAUCAUCAAAAGGAACAACAAAAACAACAACAAGAAUAUAAUCAAGAUUCCAACAAAAUUAAUAGUAAUAAAUCAAAUACUGAUUUUGAGAAAAUUAAUAUUGAUCAUCACUAUCAACAACAACAAGUUCCAAUAAUUGUAAACUCUGUAUCAAUAAGUACAGAUAAUCAAUUUGAUAAAUCAUUGGAAUCAAUUCUAGAUUCAAUGGAAGAAAUGUCACAUACAAUAUCAUCACCAUAUUAUCUCAACCAACCAAAGACAUCGGUUGCUUCUGUGUCGGCUACUUCUCAAAAAUCUCACACUACUAGUAAUUUCAAUAAAACUCCUGCCAAUAGUUUAAAUAAUAUCCAAGAUUAUUUAAAGGUACAUGAUCAGCACCAACAAAAACAACACCAACAACACCAAAGCCACCAACACAACCAACAACAUGGCCAACAAGAACAAAAAAGUGAAGCUCAAGAGUACAAUGUAAAUAUUUCAAUAGUUGAAGAACCAAAAGCAGUUACUCUUACUAAAUCACCAGCAAGUUUAAUGGUUGGAUCAAAUGUAAUGUCUGUUAAAACUUCAAAUCACAACAAUUUCCAACCAUUGGACUCGUCAUCGUCAUCAUCAUCUUCCUCUACAAAGACCACUGGAGAAAUGUCAUUACAACAUAUUCAUCCAUAUUCAUUGUCAAAAGGAAAUUCAAUUGGAAGUGGAGGAAGUGGUGAUGGAAUGCAAAGCUAUACUGUUAGUUAUGUAAAAGAUAAUGGAACAACAUCAUUCCAACUAGAGUCUAUCCAAUGUCAUAAAUGUAGAAAAGAGAUUUGGGAUAAAAUGAUUAUCAAUUCAAUUGGUGAUAGAUUCCAUCCAUCUUGUUUUACAUGUUAUAUCUGUCGAACAGAACUCUACAAUGCAUAUCAUACCGAUGAAAAUGGUUAUCUCUGUUCUCCAUGUCAAAUCAUUUUAAAUGAUAGAAAUAAUGCAAACAGAAAAGCAAAUGGAUUCUGUUCAACUUGUUAUAAAAGAUUUGGAAAUGGUGAACAAUAUGUUCAAAUAGAUUCAGAGAAAUAUCAUAAAGAUUGUUUCAAAUGUUGUUCGUGCAAGAGUGUAAUCAAAGAUCAAAACUAUUCAAAGGAUAGAGUUACAAUGGAAAAGUUGAUCGUUGUCCAGGUUGCAGCGGAGCCAUUGUUGGAGGUGCAUCCAUCUUUUGUCUUGGUGUUACCUACCAUCCACACUGUUUCAAGUGCUCAGUUUGUUCUGUCGUCAUUCCUCAUGGUUCCAUAUUUGGAAAUGAUAAACACAAGAAUCCAAUUUGUAACAAAUGUUUAA